AUGACCGACGCUGAUAAUAUCGAAACUCACCCUCCAGCUGACGAAGCUCUCACUUUGAUUCAAGAUGCUACCCACCCUCCUGAACUACGUCCCCCCUCACCGACACCAUCAAACUCUGGACCGCCCGCAGCCAGUGUGGACCCACCCAUUUUUUCCCUCAACAUCUCGCUCCAGUCCACUGAACCAGACGAUAGCAGCUUUCAGCCACCCGACGAACCAGAAUAUGACGCUCCAAUCACUGGGGCCAUCUUCGAUCCCGACAUGAGCCUCUAA